AUGGGAUCUUUUCGAAGAAUAAUACUUCAAAAUCGUCAACGUUCAUCAUCAACAAAAAAUGUUAUUGGUGUUUCACCUGAACCCUACCUCGAUCUUAUUUCUAAUCCAUUUGAUAAACGUCAAUGGAAUUAUCUUUCAUUCGGUCCAUCUUAUAUAAGAGUGAAUCAAAGUGCUAUUCGUUCCAAAUGUCAACAAGAAACUGAAAUAAAAAAUCAACAUAAGGAUAUUUAUUCGAAAGUUGAAAAUCAUCUCACCGGAUAUCCUCAUCUUAUACCACGAAACAAUGCAAUUUUUAAACAAUAUUCAGAUCAUCUUCUCGAUUAUCUUAAUCAAAGUUAUUUUACUCCAUUAUCAUAUAAUGAUCAAUUAAUAAGUCUCGAACAAGCACAAAUUCUUGGAUCAAUUCGACGAAUAAUUCAAAAUAUGAAUCUUAUCAUUCGUGUUACGGACAAAGGAAAUAAUUUUUAUAUUGGUUCAGCUGUUGAAUUUGAAAAAAAAACUCAAAAAGUUUUCUCUGAUACAAAUGCUUUUAUCGAAUUAUCUGACAAUCCAUUCAAUGAAAUAUUAUAUAAAGUUAUACAAUUACUCAAUACACUUCGUGGAAAAGAUCUUAUUCGUAAAUGGCAAUAUGAACAAAUGAUGCCCGAUCGAACAACAUGUGAAUUAGCUCAUUUAUAUUAUAAUCCUAAAACACAUAAGGAUGGUAUACCAGUUCGACCAAUUGAAAGUACUAUUCAUGCUUCAACUACAAAAAUUUCAAAAUUUUUAGACAAAAUUUUACGACCUAUAUUUGAUGCUAAAAGCAAUGAUACAACUAUUAUUGAUGGUGCUUCUUUAAUUACUGAACUUUCAAAAUAUAACAAAAAAGGCCUGUUAAAGUCAACAACUCUUUUUUGUACAUUUGAUAUUCGCAAUUUAUAUACAAUAUUACCACAAGAAGAAACAUUAGAUACCCUCAUGGCAUUUCUUCAUGCUCAUGGUUAUAGAAAAGUGAAAGGAAUUAGUAUUGAUACAAUAAAAAAAUUAGCUUCGAUUAUUCUCAAAGACAAUGUUUUUGCUUAUGGUAAAAAAAUUUAUAAACAAACAACUGGUGGUGCUAUGGGUUCAUCAUUGACAUUAACUUUAGCUAAUAUUUUUAUGGCAAAAUGGCAAAAAAAUAUUGUUGAAGAACAAACCAAGACAGGUGAAUUUUAUGGUCGAUAA